AUUCAUUAACCGCUUUAUUGUGUAUUAUUUGUAAGCAAAUUUGGCUGCACAUUAUUUCAUUAUUUGUUAUGUGAGACCUUGUGUGUGUGUGUGUGUGUGCACACAUAUGCGCGCGCGUGUGUGUGUGUGUGUGUGUGUGUGUGUGUUCAUAUAUGUAUGUACAUAACGUUAGCUCGCUGCUUAUAAGCUAGCUAGCUGUGUAGCUAGUCUCACUUCAUCCUUCUGCCAGAAGGUCUCUCGAACAGGUGUUAGCUUGUUAGCAUCAUAGGCAUGUCCUCUUAGUUUAUCAUAACCGGCUAGCUUAAUAUCUCUUCGUCUUUUUUAUUAUUAUUAUUAUUAUAUCAAAUUGUCUCCGUAAUACAAACUCUCUUUCAAGCUAAGUGUUACUUAUGCUACUUAGCCUGUCAGCUAGGUGGUUAUUCAUGUUUUGGCACCACUUGAAGAAAUUAGCUUGCUAAACCCUGUGUUAGAAUUUAACUAACAAACGUUAACUAGAUUAGUUCGGUAAUGACUAACUAGUUUGAGGUUCAUAGCGAAAGGGCGAUAGAUAGACCGAGAGCAAAAAAAAAAAUCUUUACAGAAUGACUUGAAAGGACUGUAUAAGCCUAGCAAGCUAGCGUCAGUAAAAGAAAAGAAAGGGGGAAAUAAAAACAUUGACAUUGUUCAAGUUUAAUUUCGCGUUAUGUUUUCUCGUUGUUAUGACUAGCUAUGGGAGUUAGCAAGGAGAGUUGUUCAGGUUAGCAUGGGGCUAGCGAGGUAACCUUUUAAACAAUCUUGGAAAAGGUGUCUUGAUAAAUGCUAGCUGUCUUGGUAUUUAACCGCCACAUUUUUAUCUUUUGGGGACCGUGUAAAUGACUCCUACUACAGUCGAGUCUUUUGGUUGGCGUAGGUUGGAUAUUUACAGAGGGUGCAGCAGCGCCUUUGACCGUUUUGGGCUUUGACAUUUAGAGACAUUGCGGUCAGAUCAGUGGCCUUGUGGGAGAUCCGUGGGAGUCUGUGGCACAAGUUGAAAUUGUUUAGAGAUGAAGAUCGAGCUUAAACAACACGGCGCUGAUCAAAUACAGUGUAAAUACAGCUCAGGUCUCAGAGGCAACCUCUAACAAUGGGAUUUCAGGCGUACUGAAGAGAUUCUGACAAAAGGAAAGAGAAAAGGGAAAGCAGCGAGAACAAAAGAAGAGGCUUACCGGGGGCACUUCUUAAAAAAAAAAUAAAACAAGAAAAGGAUCAGUUCUUUGGGGCUCUGUAGGGGGUGUGCAUGCUGCCCCCUCAACUGGACAUUGUUCUUUGUGCCAGAGUGAGACAACAAAAGCAAGUAUGCGCAAUAAACUGAGCAAGUUCCGGGACGCAGGCUGCUGGCGCAUGCUGAGGCUGGGGAGCAGGACUAUAGCGCUGCUCCUGCUGACAGUCAUGCUGCCGGCAGAAGCUCAGGCUUCAUCACCCCAGGGAACCUUGGAGGUGCUUGGGGACAUGGCACAGCUGGAGGCCUCCAUGCACUCAGCAGUGCUCUCUGACCUCCAGGAGGCGCAAGCAGUGGUGUCUGCAGUGGCGCAACCAAGCGGCUUCCCAGAUUCCUCUGCGGUAGUAGGAAGGAUGUUCCAGAUGCAGAUCCCCACAAAAGCCAAGGAUUCUGGGAGCAUAGUGAAGAUUACAGAGGCAGGCAAAGAUACACUACCAUCAUGGUUGCACUGGGAACCAAUGAGUAGCACCCUUCAAGGACUUCCUUUGGAGGUUGACAAGGGUGUCCACUACAUAUCUGUCUCUAUUGCUAAUGCAAGCCAUGCGUCCCAGAGUCCUGAUGUAUUUUCCAUUGAGGUUCAUCCAGAGGAACAUGCUGACACAGACCCUAUUCAGUUAGCAAUCCAGUUAACUGACAAUGAUUCUCAGCAUUUCGUCUGUGGCAACGAAGAGCCUGUUACUGUGCUUACAGUAAUUUUGGAUGCAGACCUUACUAAGAUGAGCUCCAAACAGAGAGUGGAGCUUUUGGCCAGCAUGAAAAAAUUCUCGGGCGUAGGGCUCCAGCAUAUGAAGGUCUUGCCCGUUGUCAACAAUCGCUUGUUUGAUAUGUCUGCUUUUAUGGCUGGGCCAGGAAAUGCCAAAAAGGUUGUAGAAAAUGGUGCUUUAUUGUCUUGGAAACUUGGUUGUGCCCUGGAUCAAAGCAACAUUCCCAACAUCAGUAGUGUUCAAGUUCCAGCAAAGGAAGGGACAAUGUCAGCACAUUUGGGAUAUCCAGUGGUGGGAUGGUACAUUGCUAACAAAAAGCCACAUAUACCUAAACGAGUACGGCGGCAGCUUAAUACCCCUACCCCUGUGCCCUCCUUGCUUCCUCCAUCAACAUACCCUGAGCCAUCGAGCCGAAUUGUGCCCACACCAACAUCCCGAUCAAUUGGACCAACUUCAGACAGUUCCUCACAACCUGUGCGGGGCCCUGUACCACUGCCUGUGAAACCCACUAUUCGCCCCAAAGAUUCAAUUGCUCAUACUCCCACAUUAGGACCCCCUCAACCCACAAAAAUUAUGGACACUACCAGCAGUAUUGCAAUACAGCCCACCAUAACCAGGCCACUGUAUGUUGGGCCUUCUGUAACACCACCAACACCAACCACCAAGAAACCAACAAAAAGGCCCAAGAAACCCAAGACCACCCCAAUACCAAAGGAACCUAAGACAACCACAGCCAAGCCACCCCGACGUACCACCCCCUCAGUUGUUUUACAUGAUGGCAAUACAAGACCAGAGCUGCGCAACCCAAUUGAUCAAGUUAAGUCAUUCAUUGGCACGUACUUUGAGGUGAAAAUCCCAUCUGACACAUUCUUUGAUCGAGAAGAUGGUACAACAGACAAGUUAAGAUUAACGUUGAGGAAAAACAGUGAUAUUGUUGGAGAAGACUCCUGGAUUCAGUUCAAUAGCACUAGCCAGUUGCUUUAUGGAUUACCAGACUGGCAGCAUGAGGGCAAACAUGAAUACUUUAUGCAGGCAACUGACAAAGGUGGUCUCUACACAACAGAUGCCUUUGAGGUCCGUGUUAAUCGCUUUGGAAACAAUGUUAAGUCCCCAGUCCUGUUUGCUGCUCGAUUUGAGGGGGAUCCUCGUUCGGUUACCAAUGAUAUCCAUAAGAAGAUCCUUCUUGUCAAGAAAUUGGCCUAUUCAUUUGGUGAUCGCAAUUCCAGUUCAAUUACACUGAAGAAUAUUACUAAGGGAUCCAUUGUAAUCGAGUGGACCAACAGCAGCCUCCAGCAACACCCGUGUCCCAAGGAGCAAAUUCAGGCCAUGAGUCGAAGGAUCUCUGAUGCUGAAGGCAAACCUUCGCCAGUAUUCAACAAUGCCAUGGAACCAGACUUCAGACCCAUAAAUAUCACUAUCAAAGGAACGGGUAGCUGUCGCAACUACAUGUUUGUUCCACCAGCUGAGAUCCCAGACCCCAUUCCGCCUGCUGUUACACCAGCUGUAGGAGCAGGACGACAGAGCAACGAUGAUGUAUAUCUUCACACUGUCAUACCAGCUGUGGUGGUUGCAGCAAUCCUGUUGAUUGCAGGCAUCAUUGCUAUGAUUUGCUAUCGCAAGAAGCGUAAGGGGAAGCUUACUAUUGAAGACCAAGCAACCUUCAUUAAAAAAGGAGUUCCCAUCAUUUUUGCUGAUGAACUCGAUGACUCUAAGCCACCUCCAUCAUCUAGCAUGCCUCUUAUCCUCCAAGAGGAAAAACCUCCUCUCCCACCACCCGAGUAUCCCAAUAUGGCCAGUCCAGAGACCACACCUCUGAACCAAGACAUUUUGGGAGAGUAUUCAGGCCUACAGGAUGAGGACCCCAAUGCCCCUCCCUACCAGCCUCCACCCCCCUUCUCUGCUCCCAUGGAAGGUAAAGGGUCCCGCCCUAAGAACAUGACCCCCUACAGAUCACCACCCCCCUAUGUGCCACCCUAAUGUUUAUAGAUCCCUCCAGUGUGGAGGACAGGGAACUUGUCCAGUUCCAAAACCAGUGUUGUCUGCAUUUUUUGGAAAUCGGAGGGGCAUUACAAUUUGAGACAUUGGGUUGGGAGGGUUGGGAUGAUUUUGGUAAAACUGGACUCUUUUGGAGUGGUGAUGGUGGGGGUGUAAUUAUAUAAUCCUCAAAGACAGCAACACCAACCUCAGCCUCUGGCUACUGCUGAUCAGUUGGAAGGUGCUCCCUCCGAUCCUAGCGCUUUUGUGUCUAGAUGGGCUUUUUUGUUUGUUUUCUCAUUUGUAUUUCUUUUCGACUUAUUUCAAAAUCAAACUACUUGCCUAACAGCACUCUUUUUAUCUUCUGAACUCUUUGAAUAAUACAUAAAGACAAUAAGUAAAGUGACUGCAGGUGCAAGUGUUUCAUAGUGACAUUCUACAAAUAAGAAGAAAAAAAAAACUGAUCUAGAGGUACAGUUGUGCAGACAAUUAUGGGCUUGUUUGAUUCAAUAAGGUUUGCCUUUUAACAUUAAUUGUACUGUUUUUACCCUUAUUCACAUGUCUAGUAAAGAUGAUCAUCAUAAGAGGUAGCCAAAAACCUUGAGAGGGAUAGAAUCUUUUUUUUUUUGGUUUGUUUGUUUAAUCCACUGUAAACUUGAGGGUUGCUAGAUUUCUUUUUGAUUGUUUGUUUUCAUUUUUUUUUCUUUCUUUUUUUUUGGGCGUCAAAGUAACACUGAAAAAAAUUAAAACCUUUUCGUAUCCCUACCUAAUGGAAAUGAGAUAUGCUAUGGAUAUGUUCUGGAUAAAUGUUUGAGGAUGUGUGUUUUUGUCCUUAUAGAGAUUCAUGCCAGACUUAGACAUGGAGAUAUUAUUGUGCCAUUCUGAUGUUGAUUGAUUUUUUAUUUUUAUUUUUAAGUGCUCGAAACUCUGGCGUUUUACGUCCGCCUCGGUUUAUAGUAAGGAUAUAUGGCAUGAUGUAGCUGCUGUCCUUUCAAGGAAACACAGAUGGGCAAAGUCUGAAUACCUACAUCUGGCUGCAGGCAUUUGCUACUCCUUUUCCCUUUUAGUACUCAUUGACAUGGUUUUGAUUAAAUGAUUUGAAAGACUCGCAGUCUAGCUUAAAUUUUUCAAAUGAUUUGAUCCAGUUUUCUGGUUUGUUCUUUUUCUUUUUUUUUUUCUUUUUUUUUUUUUACUUUUCAAUAAUGAUUAUCGAGUGUAUGCCUUGACUCAAAAUAACUGAAAAUAAAGAAUGAAUAUUUUAAUAAAGAAUCAUUCUCUAAACAAUGGCAUCAUUUAUUAAAUGUAACAAUGAUACUUUAUUUUGCAGUUGAAUGUCAGUUUUUUGCCUUGGCAGUAAUGCAGCAAGUGUCUUCUGUAAAUAAAUCUCUGCCUAUAGAUAUAACUGUAUUUAUAGUCCACAAGUGUGUACAUCAGAUAAGGCAGGGAAAAAAAUGUUUCUGCAGUUUGUUCUAGACAAGAGGUAAGUAUAUCAUCAAAUCUAAAGAACCUGUAUGAUAUUCAUAACCCAGGGAAAGUACUUUUGCUUUAUUAACAUCAUCAGAAUAUAUUUGUCUAAUUUUAUAAAGUUUUUGAUACAAUCACAGUUUUAUUAAGAACAAUAAAUAUUGAAUUUUGUAAAGGUUUAGCUUGGGCAGUUUAUUUGUUAUAGCAUUCUCUGCAUCUCUGUAGAAAUGCAAUCUCAUGCUUUUCAUAACUCCUGUAAUUUUGGGGUCUGAGGUGCAGUGCAGUGAUUGCUAAUCUGUUCAAAUGUUUCGAGAUUGCAGGACCAGGUACCACAGUGUAGAUUUGCAUGUAAAAAAAAAAAAAAAAAAAAAAAAACCCUUAAACAUAAAUAUGUAGCCUGGUGUUUUUUUUUUUUUUUUUUUUUUUUUUUUUUUUUUUUUUUCUUCCUCCUUGCUGUGUGUUUAUUAUAAUCCAGUUAUCAUAUGCUUCCGUAUGCUUUUGAUUUGUGUCUGCAUUUUGCGACUUUAACUCGAUCAUGUUAGCUAGUUAGUGUUCUUUCUUUAGGCUAAGAUUUACCAGCAUGGGAAUACUGAACUAUGGGAUUUCUCAUCAAUUGCACGUUUGCUUUGACCAUAACACUGGCCGCAAUUCAUAUUCAGAUUUAGCACAUUUUAAGACAUUUUAACAUGUAUUUAUGAUUUAGUACACACUCUUUGGGCAGCAGUGGGAAGAUGCUAAUUAACCCAGUAACUUUUAAACAUUUAAUCAGCAAACAACAAAGUAAUGUAGUGGGAUUUAUUUAUUUUUUUUUUGGGUGGGGGGUGGUUUAAUUUAAUUAUUAACAUUACAAUGUAUUGAUUAGUCUUGUGUAGGUUUUCUGUCUUUCCAUCCAUGUAAAUGUAACCUCACUGGUUUAAGGCUUUUAGAUGAUAGAUGAAAAACCAAAGAUGCAAAUGUGAAAUGACUAUCACUAGGUAUUGUUUGUUUGUUUAUUUAGUUUUGUUCCUUUUUUUUUUUUUUUUUUUUUUUACACGAUACUAAUUCUCUGCUAUGUUUUAUGCAUCAUUUAAAGGAUGGCACAAACAGUAUAAAGCUAACAGUCUGUUUUGUUUUAAACAGUGUUAUAAGCAUAUUGUCGGUAUGCCCUGACAUUCAUUUUGUCCUCAUAAUUUUAUUUGUUUUUCUGUAUACUUCAAAGCUCCUGAAUGUAUAUGAAAUGGUCUUGUUCAUCUUUUUUUUUUGUUGUUGUUUGUUUGUUUGUUUUUAGCUUAACAUGGAGGGGGGAAAGGAAAAAUUUUUAGCCUACAUCAGAUGAGAUUACAGUGCGGUUGCUGAUUUGCCUUCUAAAACAACACCAACUUUUAAUCUGUAUGCAUAGUAGUGUAUCCAGGGGAAAAUUCUAGCUGUAUAUUUAUUUUUCCCUGCUGCUUUUUAUACUUUUCCUCUGCCCCAGGUGUGUUGCAUAAGCCAGAGUUCUCUGCUGUAAUACUCAUUUUUAGCCUGCCCUGAGUGUGAUUUAAUUUUGCUCCAUUUCUACUCUACAUUUAAUUGGAACACCUGAGAGAUGAUGUGUGUGUGUGUGUGUGUGUGUGAGAGAGAGAGUGAGAGAGAGAGAGAGAGAGAGAGACUAAGACUUGAAUCAAGGCACGGAUAGCCAACAAUAAUUGAUGAAGUUAAAA